ACUUGACGCAAUCAGAAGAAACAUAAGUCGAUGAGUCACAACUGAGCUAAAGAUCGGAGCAAGCCGGCCGAAUUCACCUUUGCGCCUCUACAGAGGUUUUAUUGGAUGAAGCGGUUAAGCCUGUCCUGAUUAGACUUUUGCACCCUGAGUUGAGGGACAGCAUGGCGAGCGCCUCUCCCCCUCCAUCUCAGCCUCAGCCAUCCUCCUCCACCUCCUCAACCACAGACAGUACAGGGACGGGCUCCGGCACCCAGACGCAGGGAGAGACCGGCACCCAGGACAGCACGUUUGAGUGCAACAUCUGUUUGGACACGUCAAAGGACGCGGUUAUAAGCUUGUGCGGCCAUCUUUUCUGCUGGCCGUGCUUGCACCAGUGGUUGGAAACAAGGCCGAACAGACAGGUGUGUCCGGUAUGUAAAGCAGGCAUUAGCAGAGAUAAAGUGAUCCCGCUGUAUGGGCGAGGCAGCACUGGUCAGCAGGAUCCCAGAGAGCGAACACCUCCCAGACCACAAGGCCAGAGACCCGAGCCUGAAAAUCGCGGCGGGUUUCAAGGAUUCGGUUUUGGAGAUGGCGGCUUCCAGAUGUCCUUUGGUAUUGGAGCGUUUCCUUUUGGGAUUUUUGCCACAGCAUUUAACAUUAACGAUGGAAGACCACCUCCAGCAGCUCCUGGAACGCCACAGCACAUGGACGAGCAGUUCCUGUCCCGCCUCUUCCUGUUUGUGGCGCUCGUAAUCAUGUUUUGGCUUCUCAUUGCAUGAACGCUUAGGAAGCAGUCAGGAUGAGAGAACAGUCCCUUCUUUAUGGAACUGAUAGUUAAAGCCACGGACAGUGAUUACUCAAAUUUCACUAAAGGAAACAUUUCUUUUUCCCCCUCCAUCACACCGUCGGACCUGUGCUUGGUUUUAAAACGGUGAGGUUUUUAUGUUUUGAAGGGUGCGCACAAUGGUGUGCAGUGUGGCAGGACUGCAUGUCUGCGGUGAUUUUUGAUACUGUAAAUGUAACUUCUUGGAAUGUUGUUUAACUUUUUUUUUUUUUUUCUCUGCUCAGAUGUGUACAUUUAAAUAAACCAGAGUCUUAUUUCUCUUA